GAUAUGUAGCGCUCAUGUAGCGCUCAUGUUUGCUCUGGCGCCCUCAUUCACCAUCCUCUGUGACCAGUGACCAAGCCAUUCACAGAGGCAUUGUGACGUGUGAUGUGAAUGAACGGUCAUUCCAGGACAGUAUAGGUGAGAGAUUCUGGCAGUCACGGUUGACGGUUAUGAAGAGGUUCAAUGGAUACUAAUAUCGAGUUGUCUCUUUCCAUGUACUAUGUUCAACUUUUUGACGGGCUAAAACAUUUAUCACAGCGAAUCGUAAUCCACCGCCAUUGAUAUUGGCUAACCAAGCUUUGAAAGGACCUGCCCUCUCCGUCUACGGCCCGCUAAAGGUCAGAAGGAUGGAACAUAUACAACCCCCAAUUGACAGUCCUUUCUAUAUGGCUUCUCCGUCUCGCUUUCACUAUAGCGUUUGUCGCGCAAUUCAUUGGACUCACUAUGCCCUUCCCGAAUUCAGCUGCGCUCUCUCAACUAAUAUAUUACUUCCGUGCCCCAUUUCUGCUGGGAAAGCAUCACGCAAACACACCCAGACACGCAUUGUACUAGUGAGAUCGCUAAGAUCGCUACUCUUCAUUUCAGACUCAUAGCGAGAGAGCAGCGAGCUACAGCAAGACAUAUCCGAGUCGUCUUUCCCGACGAAACAUUGGCAUGACCCAUUCACAAUCGCUUCGCUGUUGAUGCGGGACUAUCAUUCGGUUCAUUAGAUUAUACCAACGGUCAGUACGCUUCCGACACAACGAAAGAGCUAUGAUUAGAGUACGGACAUGGUCAUCGACUGGAGUCGGACAUCGUCCGGUCUGCUCAAUUAUAGCUCUUACUCACAGACAGUCACCUGUGCAGGUCAUACCACUGUUUUACAGCAGUAUGAUCUUUCGGAUGGCCGGGUCUAACGGGAGAAAUAAACAUCUUAGGGACUUGGCGGUGCGUAUAAAACGAACGCUGUAGAAAUGCUUUGUGGACGAGCACCCGGUCGUCAUGCACAAUAGAGUCCUGAAAUUCAGAUUCACUAUGUUUGUAUUCAACUUGGUUUACUUCCUUGUGCUCGCUAUUCCUACGCUUGCACUGUCAUCAUCUAGCGGCAAGGUGUUUCGCUCAGUGAAUGCCUGCCCCGUUGCCUCAAGCAUCCCAAGCUUCAACGAUUCCAAAUUACCCAAUCCAUUCGUAUUCAACAACGGUCAUGCCGUACACACUCGCGAAGCCUGGGAUUGUCGUCGUCGACAAAUUAGUGCUUUGAUUCAAGGUUACGAAGCUGGGACGCUGCCUCCCAGACCUCCGCAUGUUUCAGCAGCAUUCAGCAAAUCCGGCACCGCAGCCACCCUGAAUGUCACUGCCGGCCUCACGCAUACCAACCAGAUUUCAUUCGCGCCGACAAUCACUUACCCUACUGGCGAUCCUCCUGCGGGUGGGUGGCCUUUGGUUAUUGCCUAUGACGGGCUUAGCAUUCCUAUCCCUCCGGGUAUCGCUACAAUGAUAUACAGCAAUAGCCAGAUGGCCCAGCAAAACGAUCAAUCUAGCAGAGGACAGGGUCUUUUCUACGAGCUUUACGGCCAAAACGCUACCGCCAGCUCCAUGACUGCAUGGGUGUGGGGCAUUAGCCGUAUCAUCGAUGCGUUAGAACUCACUCCUGCUGCAAAUAUCAACCUUGGGAGGAUCGCAGUGACGGGCUGUUCCCGUGAUGGAAAAGGCGCACUCAUGGCGGGUGCGUUCGAAGAACGCAUUGCGCUCACUAUACCUCAGGAGUCCGGCUCAGGUGGUGACACCUGCUGGAGAUUGUCAAAGUUCGAACAAGACAGCGGGAAUGUUGUCCAGGAGGCAGUGGAGAUCGUCCAGGAGAAUGUUUGGUUCUCCACCAAUUUCGACAAUUUUGUUCACAACAUCUCCGUUCUCCCCUAUGAUCAUCACUUCCUGGCCGGUAUGAUUGCUCCCCGUGCGAUGAUCUCGUUCGAGAACACGGACUUCGUAUGGCUGAGCCCCAUGAGUAGCUUCGGAUGUAUGACCGCCGCUCAUACUAUCUGGCAGGCAUUGGGUGUACCGGACAACCAUGGGUUCGUCCAGGUCGGGGGUCAUGCCCACUGUGCUUUCCCUUCUACCCUCAAUGACCAACUCUUCGCCUUCAUUAACAAGUUUUUGUUGGGCCAGAAUACAAACACUUCGGACAUCCUGACGACCAACGGCGUUUUUGGCAAUGCGACAUGGCAGCCGAGCGAUUGGAUCACCUGGUCUGCUCAUAAGCUGGUUUAAAGCUACACCAGUUGCUCGAACGUUGAUGUCUGGACUCUUUCUGCCUUGUUCAAGCGGAAUAUCGAAUGCUAGCAUAAGAUUCUGUUUGUUGUCACAUAUGUUGAAAAUUUGUUUCACAACAUCUUCACCUGCAAUGAUGAGGAUAGUUUGAUUUUAAACUGCAUGCCCCUAUGUGACCGUCCAGGAACUGAAAUGAUCGCCCUACUGUCUUUGCUUGAAAGCCCAUAUUUUGGCCCACAGAAUGGCGGCCUAUGUCACACAACAAAUAUCGCGUAGGAGUACAAUGCAUGCGUGUCGUGCAUUAGAUAAUAAAAGUAAAACAUACUAGUACAAGAAUACAGUCCCAAGUAAUAGAGUAGCAAAGCG